AAUCACUUGCGGAGGGGUGGUUUCCCUCUUUCAUUCGCUUGAGAUUUUGAUAUCAAGGACAGUAGCGAAGGGUCUGUCUCAAUAACUCGGGAGAGCUAGGCUAUAUGAAGAUCGCGACACAGUUGUUGGUUUUCCCUCGCAGAAAUGCCAGUGCGUGCUGUGACCACCAGGUUCAUGUACAAGGGACUUUGCACUAUUCCAGAUGUCCUCUCCUACCGGACCCCUGUUAACCUGCCUGAGGAUGAAGUGGAAGAGAUUCGUGAGGCUUUCAAAGUAUUUGACCGAGAUGGGAAUGGUUUCAUCUCAAAGCAGGAGUUGGGUAUGGCGAUGCGUUCACUGGGCUACAUGCCCAAUGAGGUGGAGCUGGAGGUUAUCAUCCAAAGACUUGAUAUAGAUGGUGAUGGUCAAGUUGGCUUUGAAGAAUUCGUCACAUUGCUUGGUCCUAAACUCUCAUCUGCUGGCAUGCCUGAUAAGUUCCACGGAGCAGACUUUGAUUCAGUGUUUUGGAAGUGUGACAUGCAGAAAUUGACUGUGGAUGAGCUUAAGAGACUGCUUUACGAUACUUUCCGUGACCACCUCACCAUGAAAGACAUUGAGAACAUCAUCAUGACUGAGGAGAGCCAUCUGAACAGUCCAGAUACCCAUUUGGAUAUUGACACAAGCCCAACACAACAGGAAAAACACACAUGUGUGCGUAAAAGCCUGAUUUGUGCCUUUGCCAUUGCAUUUAUCAUCAGCGUUAUGCUCAUUGCAGCAAAUCAAAUGCUCCGCAGAGGAAUGAAGUAAAGAGCAGUUUCUUGUUACAAAAACAUGUAAGUACGGACAAUGAAAAGGCAAACAUUAACCAAAAUACCUGACUGUUUUUGGUUUUGUUCAAUGUUUUCAACACCCACAAUGACACUA